AAUCGUAAAGAAAAUAACAAAAUUUUUGACAAUAAGAAACCAAAAAUUGAUGAAGAUGACAAUAUUGAUAAAAGUAUUAAUGAUAUGGAAUAUAAAUAUAACAAAACUAAUUUUGAAGAUUUUAAAUUAUUACUUAAACAAGAAAAUUUUUUAACAUUAUAUGAUUUAAAAAGUUUUUUAACAAAAAAUAUAAAUAAUAUUGAAAGCUUAAGAAUUAAUAUCGAAGAUGAUAAUUAUUAUAAUGAUUAUUAUGAAGCAAACCCUGAUCAUACAAUAAAAUUAAAACAAGAAGAAGAUGAUGAUAUAGUCUCUAAUUCUAAAAAAUAUUUGUUUCAUUAUUUCAUCGAAAAGAAAUACAUAACUUUUAUGUUUACUGAAAAUCAAAAUUUUACAAAAUUGGAAAUGUACGAUAUGAAAAAUCCUAUCUUAAUCAGUGAAUUAAAUUCGUUAGGACUCAUUAAAAAUUUUAUAUCAUGA